AUGGAGCAGUGGUUGCCUCCAAAUUCCCAGAACUCUGUCAGCCUGAUACGUGUCGAUGGCGGCGAGAUCUGGACAGUCCUUUCCCCUCAGCGCCGUGCUAGAAGCCCCUCAAGACUCACGACGUUUUCUGAUGCUAAUGGCCUGGUUUAUCUGGACUCUCUUCCGGAACUCAUCAUGAAUGGCCCCCAUCCAAAAAGAAGGGAUCCGUUGGCGGACAUGCUCCCUGCUGACUGGGAACGACCUGAGAAACAUGAUCUUGAGCCCAUCAAGGAGACACCAAUACAGUCCAAAAUCAAGACCCAACCCGCGACUGAUGCCCAGACUCAGAGCAAAACUCCUCCACUGACCCUUGACAUGCCAUGGAAUUCUGCUUCGUCCCGCACAAGGCCUACCAAGACCCGUCCGACUCAAGCCAAACCAAAGCUCAAGUCCAGAAAAGAUGCUGGCUCAACCCUGCCCAACGAUCCUGACAAGUCUACUGAUUCUACGUCCCCGCAUGUUGGCUCUGCCGUUCGGAGGUCUCCUCGGAUUUCCAAACUCAUUGCCCUCCAAAAGCUUCAGACUACCACUCUUUCUUCUUCACCCUCUGAGAUCGAGAAAGACAAUCGGCAAUCGAAGCUUGCUCUGGUUCCUGUCAUACCCAGGAAGCGAAAAGCGGCACGGACACAAGGAACCAAGACUUCGGAAGCAAGUGGCUCGGAUACACGCGAUAACAAGACAUCAGGAGCUCAGCCUUCCAAGAUUCAACGCACUGGGAAAGCCAGUCCAGCCAAUGCCGAACCUGCUACCAAAGACAGCGAGGUGGCAAGACUCGGGCCAACAGACACAGAGGUCCAAACUCCCGCUGAGCCCGAGGAACAAACCCCUCUUCAUCAUAACAGACCUGAGAACCGCAGCCUCGCAAGCAACCAGCUUCAGACUCCUCAUUAUCUGGAAGAGUCCGCUCUUUCCUACCACAACAGAGUUGAGAAGCAAGAGUCGGCAGUCACCGGGGUCCAAGGUCCGAGUGAGCUGGAGGAGACGUUGCGUCCCCCUCACGAGAUAACUCAGAAGACCAAGACACAGCCCAUCUACCGAGACCAGGCAAUCCAGGCAUUUGGGUCCCUGACAAUAUCCAACGACGAGCCCCCUGCCGAGAUAGCUGUGGCGAGCACACGAUAUGAGCAGAGACCAUCUCGCAAGCCAGCAGGGCUCGUACAUCAUGUCGUUGAUGAUCUACCCAAAGGUAUCCCAAAGGAUGCUUCCUACUUGCCAGCCCCCAAAGACCUUGUUCCUACGCAUAUCGCUCAUGUGUGGGAUAAGUUGGCCAAGAGAGGACCUCAACACCAGACCCACGACAUCAGACAGACACCCGAACCAGACCUCGUUCCCCAUCCUGCCGAUCGUGGAGAAGACCACUAUGGCGUUGACUCUGUGCGCUCGAGUUCUCCCUUGUUCAUGGGUCAAGGGCCUGGUUACGAUGAUGAUCAAGAACCUGGAGCAGCGCCAUGGCCGCCUAGGAAAAUAUUCCCCAAUGGGUUUGACACCUACGAAAGCCAAGUUUCGCAACCCAACCCAGCUUCCACACUACACGAACAGCCUUCAUACAACCGGUUGCCUGUGCCCGCUUCCGCUCAGCAUUUUGACUCCGCCUACUCGCUGCCACAUGCUGCCAAUCUCACAAAUGAACUUGGAGGAAUGCCAGUUCAGCACCCGCUAAGCCAAGGGAGUGCUUCGGCGUUUUCGGAGCAAAGCGGAGAAACGAGCCCGGAAGAAGUCUGGAGAAGGGAAACGGAGGAUGAGUCUACAUAUGCGAUUGUACACAAGAUAGGAAUGAUGUUACAUCGCGCACUCAAACCGAGAGAAGAAGUCGUCGAUGACAUUGUCAAGGAAUAUUUGGAGAAUUCAGUGCUGCUACUCAAGCAGAUGAGCACCUGUCAUCAAACUGAAAGGCAAACCACUGUCGACAACCACAAAGCCGUAACCGAAGCCUUGUACUCCCUGUUCGACACAGCCUGGCAAGAUGUCCGAGACCUGCAAGAACGAUUGCAGUCCUUUGACAUCUCGAAGAUACUGGCGAGCACCUGCAAGCCGGGAUAUGCCAGAAGCUCGCAGACGUUGAACCGGCUCUGCGACGAGCACCUUAGCAAUUGCGUUGAACAGUCUUCACGCGCGACAACCCAAGAUGAGGAUCCAGCCAAAAAGAAGGGUGACCUCGUAGAGGUUUUCAAGUCGCAACUUUACGAACAGAUUGGGCAUUCUGAUGCUUCAACCACGAAGCUCCAGAUGAUCAAUGCGGAAGCAGACAUGUUCAUCGAGCGUCUUCGCAACGACGAGUUAGGCUUUCCCACUCAGAAGCCUGACGCUCAGUUUGUCGAAGACGACCCGGAGACGAUUUCGCGAGCUAUGGGUCAGGCAGCUGACGGACUGAGCAAUUCGAAGCAGAACCGUGCUCCAGCUGGCAAGCCACUGCCUGGCAGUUCUCAAGAACCUAUUGAGGUGUCGUCACACUGUGAGUCGGACAGCGAUUACGUUGAUUGA